GUGUAUCCCCACAGAAGAUGGCCCCGACGUGCUUGCGGCCCCUGCUGAGGUACCGGUCCUUCGCCAUCCUCUUCCUCACGCCGCUGCUGCUGCUGCCGCUGCCGGUCGCUGUGCCGACGCGGGAGGCCAAAUGUGCAUAUAUCAUCAUCAUCAUGGCUGUGUACUGGUGCACUGAAGUGAUCCCACUGGCUGUUACCUCCCUCAUGCCUGUUGUAUUUUUCCCUCUGCUUGGAGUUCAGAGCUCUAAAUCAGUGUGCUUGCAGUACCUAAAUGACACAAACAUGCUCUUCGUUGGAGGGCUGAUUGUUGCAAUUUCUGUUGAACAGUGGAAUCUUCACAAAAGGAUUGCGCUGAGGGUCCUGCUGAUUCUUGGGGUGAAACCUGCGCUCCUCAUGCUGGGAUUUAUGAUAGUCACUGCCUUCCUGUCCAUGUGGAUAAGUAACACAGCCACCACUGCCAUGAUGAUUCCCAUUGUCCAGGCUGUCCUGGAUCAAAUGGACAACACAGAGUAUGACGUGACCAUGAUGGAACAAGCAACCGGGCAAACAAAUACAGUGAUUGAGCUGGAGGAAAAGAAUGCAUCAGAUCCCAUUUCAGUGCAUGUCAUAAGCAAUGGACAAGUCCCUGAUGACCCCAGAUCUUCUGAGGAAAAGAAGAUGAGGAAGCGUGUAUGUAAGGGAAUGACACUUUGUGUAUGCUAUGCUGCCAGCAUUGGAGGAACUGCAACACUCACUGGAACAGGACCAAACAUGGUAUUGAAAGGCCAGAUGAAUCAGUUAUACCCCAACAAUAAUGAUAUUGUGAAUUUUGCUUCCUGGUUUGGGUUUGCAUUCCCAAACAUGAUUCUGAUGUUGGUACUAGCUUGGCUUUGGUUACAGUGCUCCUUCAUGGGACUCAACUUUAAAAAAAGCUGGGGCUGUGGGACAGAGAGAACUGCUAAAGAAAAAGCUGCAUACAACGUGCUGAAGGCAGAAAUGAAGAAAUUAGGCCCUAUCUCUUACGCUGAAUUCAAUGUCCUCCUAAUGUUUGUUUUGCUGGUUCUCUUGUGGUUUUCCAGACACCCAGGCUUUGUAAAAGGCUGGGCCACCAGACUCUUCCCAGAAGGAGAAAAGUAUAUCACUGAUUCUGCUCCUGCUGUGUUUAUUGCCCUGCUACUGUUUAUCCUUCCUGCUAAUAAACCUAAAUUCAUAGGCUGGAAUCCAAGCAUGUCUGACCCUGAACAGACUGAAGAAGAUAUAAAAAAGCCAUUUUUAUCAGCCCCGCUGCUAGACUGGAAUGUGGUUCAGAGGAAGAUGCCCUGGAGCAUUGUGCUGCUGCUGGGAGGAGGUUUUGCUUUGGCUGAUGCAAGCGCAAACUCUGGGCUCUCAGCUUGGCUGGGUCAUCAAAUGACUCCACUAGGAUCUAUCCCACCGUGGGCCAUUGCAACAGUACUUUCGCUUAUUAUAGCUGUCUUCACCGAAUGCACCAGUAAUGUUGCCACAGCCACCCUCUUCCUACCUGUCUUUUCAUCCAUGGCUGCAUCUGUCAAGAUCCAUCCUCUGUAUGUUAUGCUGCCUGGUACUCUCAGUGCUUCCUUUGCCUUCAUGCUACCUGUUGCAACACCGCCAAAUGCGAUAGUGUUUUCCUAUGGCCACAUCCGUGUUUUGGAUAUGGUUAGAUCUGGAAUAGUGAUGAACAUCAUUGGAGUCCUCUGUGUCACACUGGCCAUCAACACAUGGGGAAGACCUAUGUUUGAGCUGGACACAUUCCCAACCUGGGCAAACAGCACAACUAACCAGUGAGCAGUGAAGAAUUAAUGUGUUAAACAAGAAAAGGACCCUUAAUACUACUCUCUGUUGCCCGAAGCCCCAUAUAGAGUCUCGUCACCACUUCAGAUCCAGUGUCAGGUGUUUGCUACCUUCCGGGAGUCACACAUCAGUUCAGGCAUGAACCAACUCAAAUUUAUUCCGGUCGUGCUGGAGCCAAAAGUGCUGUUUAAUUACACAACCCUAAGGAUCAUGUGUCUGGAUCUUAAGUAUGAUCAAGUGAUCCGUUGUACCUCCAAUCAAGGUCAAGAUUUAGAAUUUAUCGAACUUCAAAUAAAGAGAGGGCACACUCUUGUAUCAAAUGGUUUGAACUAUUGUAUCACUGGUAUGUACUUGUAAAUCAUUAGCAUUGAACACUGCACUCAGGCAGGGGCUGAAAAUUCAUUAACUAUUGCUUAUAUCCACAAGUCAGCAGCUGUACAGAGAAAUCCCUGUUGUCACUUGUCUAGAGAAAGAAGGGGUACGUUAUGUUAUGUUAUGUUAUGUUAUGUUAUGUUAUGUUAUGUUAUGUUUUAGUCGGGCCUCAGCCAUGUGGUGGAAUCCUUCCAAGUCAACAUCCAGCACAUUUUCCAUUGCCUUGUUUUCACUUCCAAAUCUCACUGCAUUUAGACACCCUUAUUGAGGGUUGAGAUAACAUCAUUCCCUGCUGGUCAUGAUUCAGCUGAUGUCUUGGGCAAUGAUGAGUUAAGGCUGGCUUUGUGUUUCUUGCACUGUGGCACUGGCAGGGCCAGGAGCCUUUCCAUCUCCCGGCCACAGGAUGUGGUUUCACAUGCCAACCAGCGUUUUGUUAGUGCCAGCCUGGAAAUGACCAAUGGCCUACAGGACUUGACACCUAUUGUGAAAGUUCCUGGAUUAGCCCCUGAUGUGCCUUAUUAAUUAACUCUGGAAUUUUGGAGUGGAGACAAGGCAUGAGAAAGGCUUUAAUUGAAGGCAUUGUAAAAAUUUAGGGGCCCAGAUAUUAGGGCUUGUGCUGGCUGACAGCAAUGGGAGUUGUCUUGUGUAUUUUGGAAUUCAGGUCCUGUGAGAAAAGUGUUUUGUAGCACCUGUUUAUGUCAUUUCUGAAGCAGAAGUAGUCCACAGAAAGACUAGUGUUGGACUAGGUGUAUUUUGUCAGUGGUAUGUGGAUGCUUUUCAUUCAGCCCUGGAGAUGAAGUUGGGUGGGAGGUAAGGCAGCGUGUUACAGUGGAGAGAUCUGUGGGCGUGACCUGAGUUCUGCUCCCAGACUUGCUGUGCAGCCUCACGCAAGUCAGUUCACCUCUUUUUGCCUCAGUUUCCCCUCCUGAAGAAGAUGUCAUGGUACCUAUCUACCUCACAAGAGUGUUGUGAGGACAUAAGGGUCAAAUUCUGCACCCAUGGUGAUUCCCCACCUCAUGAUAAGGGGUGCAAGGUAGAAGUUAUAGAAUCAUAGAAUCAUAGAAUUCCGGCUAGAGAAUUCCGGCCAGAGAAUCUGGCCUCUAGCAUAGUAGCGUGUGUAGGAUAUUUAAUAGUUUUGUUAUUAACGUGAAUGUUCUUUAUAGAACUGGAAAAAUAUUCACAUUUUUGUCUUUAAAAGUGAGGAAAGUAUUUAUCCACAAAAUGACCAGGUGCUUUUCUGAGCAGAAAACUACUUCAAGAAUGGUUUGAUUUUCGUGCCUUUAUCUUCUGUGCUCUUUCAAGGUGCUGGGCACCAUAAACUCUCCACUGACUGUUGUUCCUGGGUGCCUCCAGUGGCACCCUGUCUAGCCAGCUGGCUGCGUGUGGUGCAGCCUCAUACCUCUUCCAUGGAACGGUGGAGCAUGUGGAUAAACACUGUUCCACUUGCAAGGUCUGCCUAAGGAAGAGGCCAGUUCUAGUGCCAGGAAGUGGCUUGGUCACAGACAUUUGUCACCACCUGAAGCUUAUCACAGUAUUUGUUCGAAGAAAUUGAAACCAGGAACAGUUAAGCACCUUCUGUGCUUUGGCAGUCACCACUUAAUGCUGAUUUGCAUCUGUAGGUAUCUAAAUGCAUUUGAGAAAGGGACUUUUUCUGCCUUCUGAUGGACUUCACAGUAUGAGGACAUUUCACCGCUGCCAGGUACUUCAUGGUGCUUGCUCUUCGCUAUUGCAAGUAACAUACAGUGGAGCUUGCAUGGGUGGGUAACGCUGAGCUUGCCUGUCUCAGUUCAUGCAGAUCAAAACUCCUCUAAAACUGGUUUCAGCUAAAACCCGUAGGACAGACACUUCCCUGCCCCAUUUGCAGAAAGGAAUGUUCUGAAAGUUUCUUGAAGGGGAGAAAGUGCCCUCAUCUCAACUAGGGAAGAGCUUCCCUCUGUUGCUGUGUUAUUUCCAUCAAUGGUCACACAGGAUGAUUUAUUGACAGGAGUGCCGGGGCAGGGGGAACGUACAUACGGGGUAAUAAAGAAAGCUGGUUUUAUUAUAACUGUGGUGUAUUUGAUGUGUCACCUCUCUGUCCUGUUAAUAGCAAAUGUAUGUUUCUGAGACACUUCUAUGACGUCCUGUGAUUGAUUUGUAUUUAAUUUAAAUGGGUGAGUUGCAGAAUUAGAACCUGGCAAAUAAAAAAUUACUAGA